AUGAACGGAUCUGAAAUCUACAAACGCCUGAUCGGUCUGAUCGAGGAACGGGUGCUCAAACCGGGAGAUCGACUGCGCGAGGCUGAUCUCGCCGAGGAAUUUGGCGUCUCGCGAACUCCGAUCCGGGAAGGCCUAAAGCGCCUGGAGGCACAGGGCCUUGCUGUCCAUGAACCGAACCGGGGCAUGGUGGUUCCGACGCUGGACCAUGGCCAGAUCAACGAAGUCUAUUUCAUGCGCGAAAUGCUGGAGGGAACGGCAGCUGGUCUUGCCGCCAAACAUGCCUCGCUGCCUGAAAUCGAGAUCCUGCAGGAUCUGGUCAGGGCGGACAGGCAACGCAUUGCCGACAAGGACAGCCUGGUGCGCUCCAACAGGGAGUUUCACCGGCGCCUCUGCCUUGCCUCGCACAACCGCUACCUUGUCGACCUGAUCGAACACCUGCGCCUGUCCCUGAUCCUGAUGGCGGGCACAACUCUGGACACGCCCGAACGCCGUGAAACGGCAGUGGAGGAGCACGCAGCCGUGGUGGCCGCCAUUGCCAGGGGAGACAGCGAAGCUGCAGAGGCCGCAGCCAGAACCCACAUCGCGCAUGCCCACAAGACCCGGCUGCAACAGAUCUGA